AUGUACAACACUGUGAAGAUAUUAAGUAUUUUGUCUGUCUUCGUGUUGACUCAGGCUGAUGUCCAUCAUCACACAGCUUGUAAUACUGUUGGUUCACUGAAAGGAAUAGUGGACUCCGUUACAGAAUUAGUAGAUCUGGCUAGAGAGAGGAUUUCUACUUUAGAAGAUGUAUUUUCUACAAACACACUUGAACGAACAUUGCCACUAAUUCUUAAUGACAAACAAAACCAGACAAACCGAGCCUUUCAACAAUCACCGUCCACCCUCCUCCUGAUGUCUCCAUAUCACAGUAUACAGAGAUCGACUGAUUCAAAAACAGUGGCUGAAUCUUAUAGACACCGCUGGUUCGGUUCACUUGUUGUUUAUAGAUACUGGCACAAUCUUCUGUUAAUCCAAAGAAGAGGAGAUUUUGGAAAACCAGUUGAAAAUUUUUACAGAACGUGGGAAGAAUACAAAAAUGGUUUUGGAAACUUAACCAAGGAGUUUUGGUUAGGAAAUGACAUCAUCUUCUCGUUGACCAAUCAAAACAACAUGGUGCUCCGUGUUGAUUUGGAAGACUUUGAAGGAGUUCGAAGAUAUGCAGAGCAUGAUGAGUUCUUGAUACGAAGUGAAAUAGAACUUUAUAAAAUGAGCUUUAAGACGUACAAGGGUGACGCGGGAAAUUCCCUUACUAUUCACAACAACAUGAUGUUCAGCACCAAGGAUAAAGACAACGAUAAAAACAGCGGCAGUUGUGCUCAAUCCUUCAAAGGCGGAUGGUGGUAUAAUUCAUGUCAUCGUUCCAAAUUUAAACGGUUUGUAUUACACAGAAGAUAAGGUAGACACUACAGGUAUUACCUGGUAUGAGUGGAAAAGUAAACAUAGCACAUUAAAGACAAGCGAGAUGAAAAUAAGACCUGUGGAUUUUAUUACUG